CGGAAACUGAGAGCGUGUCCUGCAGGACUCACGAGUACCGGGAGGGCGGGGUGAUAGAGAGAGAGAGAGAGACGAGGGAGAAGUGUAGCACUUUUUGACUCUGUAUCUGACACAGGCACAAUUUUAGACUCGGCAGCAGCAGCAACAGGAGUCACUGUUACAGUGUUACGUUACAGGCGUCAGUUGACUGCAGUGCGUUUGUUUUCUCUACCUCGGAAGUUUGCUCGGCUAAAAGUCGUGUUUGAGACGCUCAGGUUGUCGCUCUGUUAACCAGCAGUCAUGAAUAAUUCAACUAAUGCAAAUACGACCGACUCGUUGUUUAAAGCUGUGACUCAGACAGUGGAGCCUUUGACAUUACAACCCACAGAGGCCAGCACCACAGUGAUCCAGGUGAUUACGACAGCUGCCCCCACAGGUUCCGAUUCAGCAAUUAUCGCAGUGGUCAUUGUUCUCAUCCUGCUGACGCUGGCUGUUUUCGGAUUCCUCCUCUACCGAUACCUCUGCCACAACAAAGGAGCCUACAGGACGACGGGGGAACUGGCCCCAGGAGAGGAUCUGGAGGAGGAGCAGAGCAACCAGGCGGCCAGCGAAAAGAAGGAAUACUUCAUCUGAACGUGGCGGUGUGUAGCUUGUUAAAAAAAAUGUCUCUGAAGGCUUAAGAAGAACUUUGAAAUAGUUUUUUUUAUUAUAUACAGUAUAUCUGUUUUGUGCUGCCCACUGGUUAAAAAAAUGCCGUCUAA